CGCCUCUCGCGAGACCUCCCGCGGCGCCCCGCCGAUAUCUCCCGGCAUGCCCCGCGCCGCCCCUCUCUCCCUCCGCCCAAGAUGCCGAAAGGAAAGAAGGCCAAGGGCAAGAAGGUGGCCCCGGCCCCUGCUGUAGUCAAGAAGCAGGAGGCCAAGAAAGUCGUCAAUCCCCUCUUUGAGAAGAGGCCCAAGAACUUUGGCAUUGGACAGGACAUCCAGCCAAAGCGGGACCUCACUCGGUUUGUGAAAUGGCCCCGGUACAUUCGGCUGCAGCGCCAGAGAUCCAUCCUCUACAAACGCCUCAAGGUGCCUCCUGCCAUUAACCAGUUCACCCAGGCCCUGGACCGCCAGACAGCCACACAGCUCCUGAAGCUGGCACACAAAUACAGGCCAGAAAAUAAGCAAGAGAAGAAGCAGAGGCUCCUGGCACGUGCUGAGCAGAAGGCUGCAGGAAAGGGAGAUGCUCCAACUAAGAGGCCACCUGUCCUCCGAGCAGGUAUUAACAGUGUCACAACUCUGGUGGAGAACAAGAAAGCUCAGCUUGUAGUUAUUGCCCACGAUGUGGACCCCAUUGAGCUGGUGGUGUUCCUGCCAGCCCUGUGCCGCAAGAUGGGAGUGCCCUACUGCAUCAUCAAGGGCAAAGCCAGGCUGGGCCGACUGGUCCACAGGAAGACUUGUACUUCGGUUGCCUUCACCCAGGUUAACCCGGAGGAUAAGGGAGCCCUUGCCAAGCUGGUGGAGGCUGUCAAGACCAACUACAAUGACAGAUAUGAUGAGAUCCGUCGUCACUGGGGCGGGAAUGUCCUGGGUCCAAAAUCGGUGGCUCGCAUUGCUAAGCUGGAAAAAGCAAAGGCUAAAGAGCUGGCUACUAAGCUGGGCUGAAGAUGUACUGGAUUGCUUUGUACAUAAAGACAAUAAACCCCAGCUAAGUUUCA